AUGGUGACAACGACGUCCACAAUCUCGUUUCGGCGCCAUGACCUCGACAACCUGCGCACCUCGCUGACGGGGCUCGUCAUCCUGCACCACACGUCCAUCAGCUUUGGCGGGCUCGGGUCAUGGCCGUUCCAGUCCGUCAGCGUGCCCGGCGUGGUCCCCACCGUGGCGGCAUUCAACGCCUUCAACCAGUCCUUCUUCAUGGGCUUGUUCUUCUGGAUCUCCGGCCGCGUGUCGGCACAGUCUCUCUCGCGGUCGUCCUCGCGCGGGGCGUUCAUAAGGUCGAAGAUCCGCAGGCUCGUGCUGCCGGCGGCCGUCUACACGGUCCUCGUGAACCCAGUCGUUGCGGUGCUUGGGCUGCCCAGUUGGGACAGGAGAAUAGUGCAGAAGACUCUCUGGGCCUCUGUCAGUGGUAUCAGAGGUGCCCGUGGGCCGGUGUGGUACCUUGCGACGCUGGCCAUGUUUGAUAUCAUCACCGCCGUGCUCUACAAGAUUCCCGCCGCCGCUUCACCCACGACAGUGUCAAAGUCGGAGAAGCAAACAGUCAGUACCGCCCCAUCGUGGCUCAACUACAAGUCCGUCUCAACCUGGGGCUGGAUCCCAGUCGGCCUGGCGUGCUUCGUCAUCCGACUUUGGGAACCUCUGGGAGAAAGAACACCCGUAAUCAGUGUCCAGCUGGGCUACACGAGCCAGUUCGUGUACGCCUACGUACUUGGCCACAUGUCGCACUGGUCCAACGAGGAGCGCAUGAUCAGCCCGCUUGAGCAAAAAAAGAAGAACAAGAAGAAGCAGACAAGCACUAGCAACAAGGACAACAGAGAUAUAAACCCGUCACUGGCACUCGCGAGCGCCAUAUCGCUAUCGGCCCUGGCUCUCAUGCCCGUCCCUGCGCUCAUAGCGACUGACACCUUCGACGCCAACGAGAUCACCUCCCAGAUGAGGGGCGGCUGGAACAGCUUUGCGUUUGGCUAUGCCAUGUGGAACGAGUUCUCCUUCGCACUGAUGGGCCCGGCGCUGAUGGCAUAUUUCCGCCGCUGGCACUCAUCGGGCCCGAAGAACAGAGACGGCGGCGGCAAGCAAGGCGUUGUCAGUGCCAGGAAUGCAUACGCGGCGUUCCUGGUGCAUGCACCUGUCGGCAUAGCCAUCUCGAGGGUGUUGGAUACAUGCCUGUGUUGGGGAGGUGCGCGACCGGCGUGGAUGGACACGGCCGUGUGGACGGUGCUCGGUCCGCUCGUGAUGACGGGCAGUGCUGGGCUCAUGAGCGUCUAUGGCUCUUUCCUCGUGGGCAGUAAACUGCUUGAGUGGGUUCCGGGGAUGACGGCGAUUCUGUGACCAGCUGCUCCCAGAGUACGCAAGACAUGCUUUAGGAAGCCAUAUAAGUUUUACUUUGAAACAAUGAGAAUAUUCAUG